AUUUUAGGGACAGUUUGGAUGCUGGAGAUCCUGUCCCUGAUCCGGCAGGACGGGGACCCGCGCUGGUGCCGCUCUGUCCCCAACUGGGACCGGGGCCCGUGGCUGGAGACGCUGCUGGGGCUGCGCCGCGCCCGCGCCAACGCCCGGCCCCGAAUCAUCAGCUCCCACCUGCCCGUGCACAUGUUCCCAAAAUCCUUCUUCGGCUCCAAGGCCAAGGUGAUCUACACGGUGCGGGACCCCAAGGACGUGCUGGUUUCCCUUUUCCACUUCGCUCGAAUCUUCCGGCCCUACAGAGACCCCGGGAGCCUCGGGGACUUCAUGGACAAAUUCCUGCAGGGGGACGUGCCCUUUGGCUCCUGGUUCCAGCACGUCCGGGGGUGGCUCCAGCUCCGGGGGAGGGAAAAUUUCUUCUGGAUCAGCUACGAGGAGCUGCAGCAGGACCUGCGUGGCAGUGUCCAGCGCCUCUGCUCCUUCCUGUGUCACCCGCUGUCCCCGGCCGCCCUGGACGCCGUUGUCACCAACGCCUCGUUCGCCGCCAUGAGCCACAACCCCAUGAGCAACUUCAGCCUCAGCCCGGGGUUCAUCCUGGAUCAGAACAGGGGACCCUUCCUCAGGAAAGGGAUUUCGGGGGACUGGAGGAACCACCUGAGCCCCGAGCAGAGCCGGCGCUUCGACCUCGUGUACCGGGAGCGCAUGGAGGGGCUGGGGGUCUCCUUCCCCUGGGACCCCCCGGGAACGGCCCCAGAGACCCCCCAG